AUGCAUAUUCGCAAGGCUUCCCCGACGGCUCCGAGUGAUUCGGACAAGCCAGUAGAAGAAAUCAUCGGGAAUAAUUCGUAUCAUCCCGGCAUUGCCGACGUCGAAUAUGAUGAGCUUCAUGUUCCGUGUCCGCCUCAUACCACGGAGCGGAAGCUCAUGACGCGUAUCGACUGGAACUUAAUACCGUUCUUAUGUAUCAUGUAUCUUCUCGCCUUUCUGGACAGAGUCAAUAUCGCCAAUGCGAAAUCUUUUAAGCUGGUAGAAGACUUAAAUCUUAAGGAUAAUGAGUACAACACAGCUUUAACCAUGUUCUUCGUACCAUAUAUCGUCGCUGAGAUUCCUAGCAAUAUCUUGCUGAAAAGGUUCUCGCCUCGUGUAUGGCUCCCAACAUGUAUGCUGGGGUUUGGUAUUGCAUCGGUAGGCCAGGGUCUUGUCCAAAAUUACUCCGGUCUCCUCGCGACGCGGUUCUUCCUCGGCUUAUUCGAAUGCGGCAUGUUUCCUGGAUGCUUCUAUCUAAUUAGCAUGUGGUAUAAACGAAAUGAAUCGCAGAAGCGGUAUUCCUUAUUCUUCACGUCAACUUCCUUGGCUGGAGCUUUCGGAGGUCUCUUGGCGUCUGCUAUAGGGAAGAUGCAGGGUGUUCGUGGAUAUAACGGAUGGCGAUGGAUUUUUAUUCUCGAGGGCACACUUACAUGUGUGGUUGCGAUCAUUUUCUUCUUUGUGUUCCCUUCAUUUCCGGAGCAAGCUAAGUGGUUGACGGAGGAUGAAAGGGCCUAUAUUAAGGCCCGCUUGCAGGCUGAUCAGGGACACAACGCCGCGGAACGAAAGAUUACCUUCCGCGAUGUCUUAUCUGUUAUGAGUGAACAUCGUACGUGGCUGGGUGGCUUUAUGUACUUCGGGUUGAUCGUUCCUGCAUACGGCUAUUCCUACUUUGCGCCGACUAUCAUCUCAACCUAUCACUUCGAUCCGAUUCAGACACAACUGCGAAGUGUACCUCCCUGGGCGGCAUCUUUCGUUUUCUCCUUGAUAAUGGCUACAUUAUCCGAUUGGUGGCGCCACCGUGCGGCUUUUGCACUUGUGCCCCUUACAUUAACUCUCACUGGUUUCGCUGUUCUAUACAGAGUUCAUGACAACAUCCCCGUUCAAUACGCCAUGCUGCAUCUCGUUACAUGUGGUACUUACGGGAUUUUACCUAUCAUUGUUUGCUGGUUUAAUAUGAACAUUGGGGGUCACCACCGGAGAUCUAUAGCUACCGCGUGGCAGAUCGGAUUCGGUAACAUUGGUGGUAUCAUUGCCACGUUCUCCUUCCUUAGCAAGGAUGCCCCUCAAUAUAAGAACGGAUAUGCGAUUUGUCUCGGAUUUGCCUGCCUUACCGGCUUGGCAGUGGUCCUCUAUAUCUUAUCUAUCUACACCGAAAAUCAGAAGAGGAAGAAGGCUGUGCGAGAUGUGGGCUUGUCCGACUAUGAAAAAACGGAGUUGGGAGAUCUAAACCCCGAGUUCAGGUAUAUGUACUAG